CCAAGGCAACGUGGACUGUACAUGUAGUAAUUUGUGCAAGGGUUUGUUUCCAAAUUUUCGUCCUAUGUCUCUGAUCGGUGUAACAAAUUUUCAGUGAAUCGUCUAUAUAGUUUUUCCAGGACAACGCCAUGUUGCAAGCUCCUGCACAAGAAUUCGACUUCAACUUCUCCACAUACAUCUCGUCUGAUGAGGAGGAGUCGCGGAAGGAGCUAGCGGCUCGCCCACUCAACAAAGAUGUCCUCAUUAAGGCCAUGAACGAGUUGAAUCUGGAAGGCGAAUGGAGAAUUACCCAAACCGCUUGUGGAAUGAUUGUCAGUUUUAUGAAGGAGGAGGAUCUGGCGACUUUCAGUGAGCAGGACAUCUCUGUAGUCCUCGGCUUGCCAGCCUCUUCGUACAUGUUCUCCGCUUUGGAUACGUACCGUCAGAGAGUGAUGAUUAGGGAUGUACCUUGGGCAAUUUCCUCGCGUGAAAUCGAAUCUGCCCUGAACAGGCAAGGUAUUCAUCCUCUGUCGCUCAACCGCACCCGUCAUGGCAACGUUCUCUUGGAGAUAGGAGAUCCCGUGCAGUUCAACACACUUCUUCAGUGCGGGCUGGACUUCUUCGCGAGCGGAAGGUUCGCUGCCUUGCCCCUUCCUUACAUUCCAGCCGCAAUACCUCCUCCCCAGACGGGACUCCGCGACCCAACCUACAGGGACUCGGUGCUGCAGUGCUACAAGUGCCAGGGAUUCUGGCACUACGCAGCCCAGUGUCCCGGGAUGCAGCGAUGUGUCAGGUGUGGGGACAACCACCCAGUGAGCGAAUGUCCCAGACCACGCAACGACCCCAUCUGUGUCCACUGUGCUGGGAAACACCACGCGGCUUACAAAAACUGUCCGAUCAGGAUUCAGAUGAAGACCAUCGUCCCCUUGCCAAUACAACCUCCUCUCUAUCUGCCAGCCUACAUGCCACCCCCGUAUAGUACCUGACAUCUCCGUAGAUUCUCUGUUUUGUUCUUAUCUAAAAUAAAUUCUAUGUGUCCUGUCAUAAAUUUGUGAAGAUUGGUAUAAUUGUUAAAUUACCUGCUAAGCGAAAUGUAUGUUAAAAUUCAUUGUGUCAGAA